CGUAGCCAGUUUGCUACCCGCUGAGCCCUGGCUGGGGAAGCAGCUCACGGAAACGAUUGAUCCCGAUCGAAUAACGCCAAAGCUGGCCACAUAAAUGGCGGAUUAACACCGAUAUCGGCAAGGACUCGCUUAAUCAAUGUUCGUGACUCGGGUGCUUUUGGGGAGUGCGCUGGCAACACCCUCCGUAACAUGUGAGAUGUGCACAGAAAGAUAUUAACUGUGCGUUAUUUCGGCUAACUAGCUAGCAGCUACCCCCUCUCUAUCCAAUUUAUGGUAGCUCGCCUGAGCUGUUUUUUCAACCGUCGCGUCCGUACCGGAGGAAAAUGAAGAAGUUCAACAUUAGGAAGGUGCUUGACGGCUUGACAGCGGUUUCUUCGUCCUCCUCCGCAACUGCUCAGCCGGGUACUCCCAGGGAAAACGACGUUGUCCAGGAGACUCUCCAGUCGGAGCAUUUUCAGCUGUGCAAGACUGUGCGUCAUGGCUUCCCAUAUCAACCAUCCUCAAUGGCUUUUGACCCCGUACAGAAAAUCUUGGCCAUUGGGACUCAGACUGGAGCUUUGAGGCUCUUCGGCCGUGCAGGUGUGGAGUGCUACUGUCAGCAUGAGAGCGGCGCUGCUGUCAUCCAGCUCCAGUUCCUGAUCAACGAGGGGGCGCUGGUGAGUGCCUUAGCUGACGACAGCAUCCACCUGUGGAACCUGAGGCAAAAAAUCCCCGCCAUCCUGCAUUCCCUCAAGUUUAACAGGGAGAGAAUCACAUACUGCCACCUGCCCUUCCAGAGCAAAUGGCUGUACAUCGGCACAGAAAGAGGAAACAUCCACAUCGUCAACGUGGAGUCCUUCACUCUCUCAGGCUACGUUAUUAUGUGGAACAAAGCCAUCGAACUAUCCACCAAGACACACCCAGGGCCUGUUGUGCACAUCAGUGAUAACCCCAUGGACGAGGGCAAGCUUCUGAUUGGAUUCGAGUGCGGGGUAGUGGUGUUGUGGGAUUUGAAGUGCAAAAAAGCUGACUACCGCUACAAUUAUGAUGAGGCGAUCCACUCCGUCGCCUGGCACCAUGAGGGGAAACAGUUUGUCUGCAGCCACUCCGACGGCACUUUGACCACGUGGAAUGUACGAGCCCCGGCCAAGCCUGCACAGAUCAUCACACCACAUGGAAAGCAGCCUAAGGAUGGAAAAAAGCCAGAACCAUGCAAGCCUAUCCUGAAAGUGGAGUACAAAACAACAAGGGCUGGGGACCCAUUCAUGGUCCUGUCUGGAGGUCUGUCUUACGACACGGUGGGGAGGAGAGCCUGUCUGACUGUGAUGCAUGGAAAGAGCACUGCCGUCCUGGAGAUGGACUACCCCAUUGUAGAUUUCCUCACGCUGUGCGAAACUCCAUAUCCAAACGACUUUCAGGAGCCUUAUGCUGUGGUGGUCCUACUUGAGAAGGAUUUAGUUGUAAUAGACCUGGGACAAAUUGGAUACCCAAUUUUUGAGAAUCCAUAUCCUCUGACUAUCCACGAGUCACCAGUGACCUGCUGUGAGUAUUUUGCUGACUGCCCUGCUGAACUUAUUCCUGCACUUUACUCCGUCGGCAGCCGGCAAAAGAGACAAGGUUACAGCAAGAAGGAAUGGCCUGUUAGUGGGGGAAACUGGGGCCAAAACACACAGAGUUAUCCAGAGAUUAUAAUUACAGGACAUGCCGAUGGGUCAAUCAAAUUUUGGGAUGCGUCUGCAUUAAUGCUUCAAGUGCUGUACAAGCUGAAGACUGCCAAGGUGUUCGAGAGGGCUCGCGGUAAGGAGGAGAAGCCCAGUACAGAUAUAGUAGACGAGGACCCGUUUGCCAUCCAGACCUUGUCCUGGUGUCCUGAGAGCAGGAUGCUCUGCGUGGCCGGAGUGUCUGCUCAUGUCAUCGUCUAUAGGUUCAGCAAACAAGAAAUCACCACUGAAGUCGUUCAGCUUUUGGAGGUGAGGAUGCAAUGCGAGUUUAGCGACGUGGACUCCCCUGACCCAGGAGGGGAUCAGACCCCCACCCUGCCAACGCCUGGAGCUUCCUCCAGCCCUCAGGAGAGCGAGCCUCCCACUCAGCCCUCCACAGGCAGCAACUCCUCCGACGGGCCCCGAGACAAUAUCCCAUGCCUACAGGUGCGGAGCUCCCCGCUGAAGCAGUCUCCGGGCUACCAGGUGGAGCUGGUGAUCCAGCUGGUGUGGGUGAGUGGGGAGCCGCCUCAGCAGAUCACCAGCCUGGCAAUCAAUUCCUCCUACGGCCUUGUGGUGUUUGGGAACAGUAAUGGCCUGGCUGUGGUGGACUACCUCCAGAAAACUCUGCUCCUCAACAUGGGAACGUCGGAGCUGUACAGCCCGUCCGACCCCUACCAGAGGCAGCCUCGCUCCCCACGUAAAGCGCGACAACCUUCCGGAGCGCUUUGUGAUUCCAAUGAUGGUUCCAACACCUCAGAGGAUCGCUGCAAAUCACCUACUUCAGGAUCUACCUCACCCUGCAAUUCAGAUGAUGACCGAAAGCAGAAGUUCAUAGAGAAGGUGAAGUUCAAAAGCAGACGCUUUUCCAAGACGGUUGCCAAUGACUUUGCCAAGAUGUCACGGAAAAUUAGCUCGUCUAGUGAGCAAAAGCCAGACCAGGAGAAAAGGUCUCAACGGUGGCGCUCUUUCACAUGUAAGAAGCGCCCUUGUUGUGGGACUGAAGGAAAGCCAGCGGCCAAGACGAGCCAGAAGAGGGUCCUCUGUAGAACUAAGUCAGACCCCAACUCCUAUGCCAAGGAUAACUCAUUCACCCGCUCGCGUAGUUCAAGUGUAACCAGCAUAGACAGAGAAUCUCGAGAGGCCAUCUCCUCCUUUUACUUCUGCGAGAGUUUCCCCAGGAAGGCGGACAGCGUGAUCAGCCCCUGUCUGCUGGUGGGGACCACGCAGGGCUCCGUGAUGAUGGUGGCCCUCAGCCUGCCACCUGGUGGGGACCAGAGGCUGCAGCAGCCGGUCGGCAUCGCCUCCUGUGGCACUAUGGCCCAACUCAAAGGAGGCAUCUUGACGAUGGGUCUGCUUGACGCCGCUGGAACUCUGCUGCCCCCUUCCUACGAGCCAUGGUAUGACCCAAAUGCCUCAGAUGAAGAAAAAGAGAAGGGCCGGAGGCGCAGGCCAGCGUCCCCUCCUUCAUCACAAGAGGGCCAGGACGCCCAGUUUGCCGUGCUGUGUUCGGAGAAACAGGCCAAGGUGGUGGCCAUGCCCUCCCAAACCCGCCUCUACAAACACAACAUCACAGAGACCUCCUUCGUGCUGAGGGCUGACAUCGUGCAGAUGGCAGGGACUAACUGCAUCACCUGUUUCUGUGCAAACGGCCACAUAAUGACUCUGAGUUUGCCCAGUCUACGGCCUCUGCUGGAUGUGAACUACCUGCCGCUGACAGACAUGCGGAUAGCGAGAACAUUCUGCUUCUCUAACCUGGGUCAGGCUCUGUACCUCACUUCACCUACUGAGUUCCAGAGGAUCACCUACAGCCAGGAGACCUGCGACAACCUGCAGGAGAUGCUCAGUGAGUUAUUUACCCCUGUGGAGACACCAGAGGCUCCAAACAGAGGUUUCUUCAAAGGCCUUUUUGGUGGAGGAGCUCAGUCUCUGGACAGAGAGGACCUCUUUGGUGAAACAGCUGCUGGUAAGGCAUCCCGUAGCCUGGCGCAGCACAUCCCCGGCCCAGGCAGCAUGGAGGGCAUGAAGGGCGCAGCAUCAGGAGUUGUGGGCGACCUCGCUCGCGCCAGGAUAGCUCUGGACGAGAGAGGGCAGAAACUGGGCGAGCUCGAGGAGAGAACAGCAGCCAUGAUGGCCAGCGCAGAGUCCUUCUCCAAGCAUGCCCACGAUAUGAUGCUGAAGUACAAAGAUAAAAAGUGGUACCAGCUCUGAUGGCAGCGUGUGGAGCUUCGGACUCUGUAAUCACGCACACCAGUAUCUCUGACGAGCUGCAGGUCCCUCUUCUUCUUCUUCUACUUCUUCUUCUUCUUCUCUUCUCUAUUUCUCUCCAGCGGGGGUGGGGGAGGGGGGAGGGUUCUGCUCAACAGAAUCAUGCUUUUUUUUUUUUCCCUCAGCACAAUAUCAUCACUCUGCAUUACCUCAGUCACCGGAGGACUGCUGCAGAGGAGACACUGGCCAAUGAGAAUGGAAAGAAAUGAGAGAAGAGAAGCUCUUAGGAGUCUCUCUUUCCAUUUCACCAGAGAGCGACAAUGCUCGUUUAACAUCAGACCAGGAGAGGAGGGGGACCUUUCAUAUCCAUCAUGCACUCGUAUAUGUCUCAUAAAUAUAUAUCUACACACUUUGCUGUUUUGUUCGGAAAAAGGAAAGACAAUUCUGCAAAAAAAAAACAAAAAAAAAAAAAUGUACUCGUGGUGGCCUGACUGCAAUUGUUUGUUUUCCUUUCUCUGCCCUUUAUGGUGUCUGCCAAACACAGUGGACUUAAAUGAGGAGAAAAGUCUGAUGACCCCGUGUCCUUCGAAUCUAAUCAGUUCAGAGAACGUGAAAGUUUCUAUAGGAAUGAUUGAAUCAGUGAAGGACUUGUGUUUGUUUGUUUUUCUGGUCCAAAUUGUUUUUAAGAGUUUGUCUUCUGCCCUUUGUUUGUCUGUUUUUUUUGUCCUUUUUUGUCCAGAAAGGGCCUUUUUAAGCACUUAGAACAGUACAAAAAAAAAUAAAAAAAUUGGACAGGGAGAUGAUGAAUCUGUUGCCUCUCACGGAAUAAGGGCUGGUAGUACACUAGUUCAUCACCGACCAUACCUUUUACAGCAUUUUCCAAUCAAGUUGUUUUAGGUGAGAAAGACAAAAAAAAAAAAGUUUUCUGGUAGUCACUUUGCUUUUAUUUUUGAAUUGAGCUAUUUAUUGGAUCAGUAUAAUAGAAAUGAAGUAAAAGAUGGUUUGUAUGUUGGGCAUUAAAUUUUCUUUUGUUUCCUUUUAAAUGCACCAAACAAAAAGUGCUGAAGAUGUUUACCCCCUAAAUGAAGAGUUUACAUUGAUCCAUGAGAAGAAUUAGUUGAUACACUGGAAGUAAACCCCUGAAGGUCCUGUAUUCUUAGCUUUCGAGGGGCUGUAGCUACGAGAAGGACGACGAGUCGACGGGCAAGACAAAGAUUGUCCUUAAUAUAAUUAGCAUAAAUGUAUAUUUUGGUUACAAUUUUACGUUUUUCUGUGAUAAAGAUCUAUUUAUACACGAUCAUACAGAUUUUGUUUGUGGCGUUCUGUUGUAGCCUGAGUUGAUUUUCUUUGGUUGUUUUUUUUUUUGUCUCGAUUCUCAGUGUGUAGGGAAAAAAGCAUGUGUCUCUUACAGCACAAUGGAAGUGAUAAUGCUGUCUUUGUAUUCGUAGCUGCCAGUAGAAAUGACCAAGCACAACACGGUGUUCCACACAGUGCCGUUGGUCAUCUCUCUCCGAAAAACCAUUCACUUCGAAACUGUUUCUCUUCUGCCUUUGCCUCAUGACGCAUAUAUGCUAACCUCUACCUAUGUGUAUAUCUGUGUGUUUGUGAACAUACAUAUAUUCAGGAAUAUGUGUAUGGGCGCCAAUGUUUAUAAUACUACAUAGAUACAGUGUAUUACAAUAGGUCUUUUGAGGUUUUUGUUUUUGCUUGACAGUGUUUUUCAAUGUGAUUAACUAGACUUCUAUUGUAAUUAGAUUUCUUUUUCAUGAGGUGCAAGGAUAUGCUGCUAUUUGUGUCAAUAUAGGAGCAUUAUCUGUCGGUCUUUUAUUUUGAAAAGAGAGACAAUACUUUGUCAGUCCAGAUUGCUGCCAAAUGUUGUAAAUAGCGGGACAGCUGGACACAAAUCUGACAGUGCAGGUUCAGGCAAUGUGACAUACUGUACGCUUGCGGCCAUGUUCUUUUCUGACACCAAAGAGUUGCUUAAUUUCACAAAGUUGUCUUGAUUUUUUUUGUUUUUUGGUUGUUUUUUUUUUCCCCCAAAUGGUAAAAGUCGGUCAGGAUGAUUUGACAGCACUCUUAAGUCGAGAAGUCUACUGUGUGUAAACGGGUCGGAGGGAGGGAGGGUGGGAAGUAGUAUUUUGGCUUUGCUUCUUCUUUUUGGGCAUGACACCUCCAUUACUGUCCCAAACUGCUGUACAUGUGCAAAGUGAAUUUGAAGAGUUUCAUUCCAAGACGAGAUAUCCGCCAAAGUAAAAUGAAGUAACUUUGAGUGGAAAUUGAAAAAUUGAUCGAAGGCAUGAAGUAAAUGAAGAGACUUUUUCUGUUAUUUUAGACUUUAGAGUAUUAAAUCAUGUAGGAGAUGUCGAGUUAUCAGUCAUACCAAAAAUGUUUUAUCCAAGAUGGAUAUGCGGCAUUUUGGAAUAAAACCCUUCACUUUCAGACGGCUGAUUUUAAUCUUCUCUGCUGUAUACUACUACUGAGAUAAACCCAUUUGGAAGAGCAGUUAUGUGGGUUUUGCACUAUUUUUUGUACUUAAAAAUAAUUUUGUUAGUAUGAUUUUUAAUGUGUUUAUUCUUUUGUGUCCCUUUUUUUUUUUUUUCUUAUUUUCCAAAGGACCAAAACAUGACAGAACCUAUGCUUAUCUAUGUCGUUUGCCAAUUAUGCUGAUUGCUUCACUCUCAGAUUUGUUUUCAAUGUCAGGUUAAUGAUACUAUGAUAUAUUUAUAUAUUUGAAAACAAAUAUAUAUAUACUUUUAAUUUCAAUAAUCUAUUAAAAAUGAAUACCUUUAAUGUAAUUUUGGGAUAGAAUAACACACAUUAAUGUCCAAACAAUGGUUGUGCAUAAUUAUCCAUCAUCCAGACAUGACAAUACGACAUUUUCUGGUAUAUAUUGAACAUGCUCAUCUCAGAUUUAAGCUUUGCUACUGCAGGAGGAUCGUCUCCUUUGGGUGGGCCGCUGAGUCUUUCUACGAAGUGUGGCCUCAACUUUAAAGUGCUUCAGUUUGCAACAUAUAUGUCCUAAAUGGUCUCUUAUUGCACAUUGAAGGAUGCAUGAUAUUAAGUGUUUACAAACUUGAAACAACCAUGUAUUAUCCCUCUUAGAGAUUGUCUGUUCUGGCAUUUGUAUUAACCACCAUGUUGAACAAAACUGAAGUUCUCAUCACACAUCCGAAGCGCGUCCCGUUUUCAUUUGACCAUGCCAAUUGUAUACGUGUGAGAGAUUAUAUUUAUUUUAUUGGUACAUCUGUUAAUGUUACUGUUUUUUGCUUCAUGGAAACUCUUGCUUUUUCCUGCGCUGUAGAAAACGCAUUGAAAACUGAAGCUCGGCUCGCAGCACCGUGCAGGAGAGCUCAAGGGUUUCUCGGUCGCCAUACUUCCAUCCAUCUGUCUUCUGGGAUGAAUAUCUGUGGAGUUGCAGUAUUUUCUCAUAGUAGGCAAUUUUUGUACAGUUUUAUUAAAAUAAAUUUCACAUGGAUGUCUGACUUAAUCUGCUGCCACAAACAAUUUAGACUGUAGAUACAGUAUAUAUAGAUAUUAUUGUGCAAUGGAAAAUAAAUGUAAAACCAAUCAUAA